UGUAAUUUAAUGAAGUGAAAAUUUGAAUGGAGUGACUUUUAAUAACGUGGGGUUUUAGAUUUUCUAAGCUGGCUAAUUGUUUUUUAAACAAAUUUGAUAUUUAUGUCAUCUUUGUAUCAGGUACGCAGUGACUCUUAAAAUACGAUCAUGAAGACUAUAAAGAUAAAUAACGGCAUUAACAACAUUGUAGUUCCUCUCAAAUGAUCCAUGUAAUAACCCACAGUGUACUAGUAAUCAGGGCUCGGAACCGGUUUAAAAAGAGCGGUUAAUUUAGAUUAUAUACCGGUAAAUAUAUCGUUCCUUCAUUUACCGGUUAAACAAACGAACUGUUUUUAUUUAACCCAAAUGAUAAAGGUUACCGGUUACUUUUGCACAAACGGUUUUGACACCCAAAUUAACCGGUUAAUUCCGUAAUUCGUAAUUUUAUUUUUGCCUAAUUUUUUGACGCUUCGUACAAGUUAUAGUGAAAUUACAACAGAAAUUAAAAUUAAAAAACAAAAAAUGAUCUAUCUGAGAAUGUCAAUUCGACGAACUUAAAUGGUGUAGGUAGAUUCAUGAUUUGACUUGUUACGUCGCGCGCUCGCACACUUGGACAGUUGCGAGCGCGCGACGUACUCGUAACAAGCAAACUUACGCCAGUCACUACUCGGCACUCACUCGUCUCACUCCUUGAUCAUUAAUUUUGGGUAAUUCGUAUAGACUCAUAGCGGAAAUCCGAGAUAGAAAUAUUUUUAUUUUUCGAAUGUGUUGUGUUAUAGUAUAGGAAUUUAUUAUGGGGCGAAAAAAAGUUAAUAGGAUUUAUUCUAUGUUUACGUACGACGAGGAAAGCAAAAAGUCAAAGUGUUUAAUGGAGGGAUGUAAUGCAACUAUCAAGGGCAACCAUGGUGCAAACUUGUUACGUCACUUUUAUUCUCAACAUAGAGCAAAAUACGAAGAAAUCCAACAUACAAAUUUGGCUGCUAAAGAAAAUAUACCGCCGCAAACGUCGAACGUCACCAAAAGUGUAAUGCAAUGCUGCACGAAACUUGUAACAGAUCAUGGUCGUCCUUUUAGCCUAAUUGAAGACAAAGCUUUCAGAGACCUUAUAAAGCUAAUACCAGGGGUUACACAAAACCAGCAUCAAGCAAUUAAUAUCAAAAAUGUACGUUCCAGUAUACAGGAUAUGGCUCACGAAAUUCGCGGAAAGAUUAGUAACGAGAUAAAAAAUAAUCUACUUGCAAUUAAAGUAGACGUUGCGUCCAUUAAGUUGCGAAGGUUUCUGGGCCUAAAUAUACAGUAUGUCAUGGAUGGAAAGAUUGUCCUUCGAAAUUUAACUAUUAAAGAAUUGCACGAUAGAAAUACAGGACAGUAUUUAAAGGACAAUGUAGCCGAUUGUCUGAGUAGGUACGGCAUAGACCUAAACCAAAUUCAAACAAUCACUACUGACAAUGGAGCCAAUAUGAUAAGUAUGACUAACCAAAUAAACGAGGCAGCUAGGGAGUCAAUGAACCAGUCGGUAAGCGAAUCAUUUAGUGAAUCGGACAUCGAAACGGACGGUGAAUACAACGAGGAGGACUCUGCUUUUGUUCAACAGAAUGUAGAGAUGGACAUUGGCACAGGUAGCACAUCUGGUACAGUUCGCACGGUUACAAGCAUACGAUGUGCUGCACACUGUCUACAGCUCGCCGUCAAAGAUGCCUGUCAAGAAAUAGAGGAAUUUCUUGGGCAUUGCCGAAGAAUUGCUCGUAAUUUACGUACGCCCAAUAUGGCAAUGCGUUUAAAAAUACUUAAACUGCAAAAUGCAGUGAUUGAUACUCCCAUUCGAUGGGAUUCUACCGUAGUUAUGCUAGAAAGACUGCAUAAACUAAAAGAUUUUUGCAUCGUUAACCUAGAUUCUGAACCAGAAGUCAUUUGGGAAUCGAUUGAAAAUUAUUUAAAUAUCCUACGGCCGUGCAGGACUUUAUCAAAAAAAAUACAAAUGGAACAAUUGACUUUUGGCGAUUUCUAUAUUGCUUGGAUGAAGUGUCGCCUUGAAGUCGAACAACUACAUAGCCCUUUUGCCCGGCGUUUGCUGUCCUGUUUAAGAAGUCGUCAAGACGUACUUUUUAGCAAUGAAUACUUUCUUGCAGCUCUUUAUCUGGACCCGAGAGUAAAUGCUACACUUACGACAGCACAACAAAACAGUGCAAGAGCUGUCUUAGUUGAAACAUAUAAAAGGUUGACUAAUUUAAAAAGAAGAACGACUGCAGAAGCUACUUCAGAACCUUUCAAUCCGGGUGUUAACAAUAGCGUUGUUCCAGGAACUUCAGCAGAACUUGAUUCAUCAAAUGAAAAUAACAAUUUUGACAGCUACCUUCGACAACAUUUUGUUACUAACAGACAUAAUAUAAAUAUAGAUGAACAGAAUUUACAAUCAUUAGAAAGAGAAAUCAAUUUUAAGUUAGUUGCUUUUUUACAAGAACCAGUAUUACCAUCUAAACGCAGCAUUUUAGAGUAUUGGGAGCAGAGAAAGAUGACUGAUCCAUAUUUAUAUAACCUGGCAAAAAUAGUUUUGGCGACACCACCGACUAGUGUUAGUGUUGAAAGGCUCUUUUCGUCCUUGAAAUUUGUCCUUACUAAUCUACGUAUGUCAUUAAAUGACUUAAUAAUUGAUGAUGUUUUGAUGGUCCGAAAUAAUCAUUUAUUUUCGUUGGAGUAAAGUGUAGUAUAAAGGGAUGAUCAUUAUUUUUGUAACAUGUUAUUUAAAUCUCCAUAAAAAACAUUUUUCAAGUUAAAAACCCCUUGAUGUUCAUUGAUAGUUGCAUUGUUUACUGAUUCAGUUUAUAAAUAAAACAAUCUUAUCAAUUAUGUAUUUUAUUUAA